UGUCACCAUCGCCCGGCCAGCGGAAAGCUGCGGCUGGGCCAGCCCGUGCCUCGGUGGGCGCCUGCAAGAGCAAGAUCGCGGGCUGCCGCCGUCCAGCCGGGGCCACGAAGCGAGCGGAGUCCAGCUGCGCCGAGCCGUGCUGUGGAAACGCCUAUGCCCGACCUAGAGACUGCUCGGCGCCCCUACAGUGUGCACCGUCCCGGGCCGGCCGCCCCCGGGGCCCAGCGUCCCUCCCGCCACGACCCGCCGCGGCCCGCCCGAAGUGGCGGCCCGACCCGCGCCGUCUCGCCCGAGCAGUGAGGGUUCCCCGAGGGGAGGAACGGGCCCGGGGCGGGCCGCGGCCCCCGGCUACUGUGAGGUCAGCGCGCCCGCCCCGUGGGUCACAAUGCAGCCCGCGCCCUCGACGGCCCGGCUCCGCCGCGCGCCCCGCCCCGCUGCACCAGACACCUGCCCGGCUACCCCUGGACCAGAGCGUCCUCCCGCGGCCAGGGCGCGGGCAGCUGUUUCCCGCCUGGGACCGGCUCCGGCCUCCAGCAGAGCUUCCCGGGGCCCGGACAUGAGCGCCCAGGAGCCCCCGCAAGGUCGGAGAUUCCCCAUUGAGGCCGGAGACUCCCCCGGCCUGGCCGCAGCCCCCGAGCCCCAGGACAGCGCGGAGCCCGUUGCUACGGAGCACACCCCGGUCAGGCCUGGAGCUUCUAACCUCCAACUUCUACGCCCCCCACCCCCACCCCGCUCCCUUCCCAGCAGGCCGCUGCGACGCUGCCCUGGCUGCCACUGCCUGACGCUGCUGCACGUGCCCAUCGACGUCUACCUGGCAAUGGGCGGAAGCCCCCGGGCCCGCGCUACCUGAGUGUGCGCCUGCGCGGCGGCUCCGAGGGGGCCGGGCGGGGGCGGGGCCGGCCGCGGGGACACCGCGCUGAGGUCGCGCGCGCCGAGCACGAGACAAUGAUGCACAUUUUAAAAUAAAAGAAUGAUGCACAUUUUAAUAAAAGCACAGCUUACACUGUU